UAAUUACCCUGUUGACCCUAAUCGCCUUCAUUUUUAAAAGGAUAGAAUCUAAAUCGAAUUUCUGUUUAUCAGCUUUGUUUUAUAUAGUAUUUUAUUAUCGUGUUCCGUUGAGGCAUUAAUGAAAAUCUAUUUGGAACUUCGACUAAAGAGGAUUUGCUACGACCCGCAUGCAGUAAAUAUAAAAUGGCGCGAAGAGUGAACUUUCAAUCUCAAACACGGACGUAUAUUUGCUCUCAAACCCCUCGUCGAGAAUGAUAGAUUAAAAGGAAAUGAAUAAAAGUUUAGGAGAAAUUGAUAUAAAUCCUCGCAUCGCAGCAGCAGCAAAACGUGCUGGCCUUACCACCGCGGGAUCUGUUAUAACUCUGUCAGGACCAGAGUUAUCUCAUCUGACCGGUUUAAAUUCUGGUGAUGCUAAGCAACUGGCAGAUGCUGUUGCAGAGGUAGUGCUAUUCGGUCCUCCGACAACAGCAUUGGAGAUUUUAAGAGGAGGAUCUUCAAGUGACUAUUUCAUGCUCAAACUCUCAACUGGUUGUCGCACUUUGGACCAGCAUCUAAGAGGUGGUGUCUUGACAAGAGUAAUUACAGAAGUAGCUGGAGAAAGUGCUGCUGGCAAAACACAGUUUUGUCUUCAGCUUUGUUUAACUGUGCAGCUUCCUUUAAAAGAAGGGGGACUGGGCAGUGGUGACAGUAUAUGUUGUACAGAGGACACAUUCCCAAGCAAACGAUUUCAGCAGCUUGUAAGCUGCUUCAGUCAGCAAAAUGCACAACUGCACGAUAUUUGUUUCACUGAUCAUGUCUACAUUGAUCAUAUAUCGGACUUGGAUGGGCUGAAUUCGUUUGUCCAGAAGAAACUUCCACUGCUUUUGGCUCGAAAGAGUGUUCAGCUGGUUGUUAUAGACUCUGUGGCAGCAUUAUUUCGCUGCCAUUAUGAGAGUCACAACUUGGUUGCGCGUGCCAAGCACCUAGCAUCUUUGGCUACUCAGCUACGGAAGCUCGCAGUUCAGUACAAUGUUGCCGUUGUCUGUGUGAACCAGGUGACAGCAAAUAUGUCGAACACCUCUGACAGAGAUGGAAAUACAAGACACUCUAUACCUGCCCUUGGAAUGGCAUGGGCAGACCAUGUUACCUGUCGUCUUCAGAUGUCGCGACCACAGGAGUCUUUAGUCAAAGUAUUCAUAAAAGAUGAAGACAGCACACAGAAGAGAAAAAAUGCAGAAACAAGUAAAACCAUAAAGACUGUACGUCAGCUGGAAUUGUCUUUGCACCCCACCUACCCCAUGUUGUAAUACCGCUGAUCAUCACAGCCAGCGGUGUUUCUUGUCUCAGAUGAUAAGGUGAUAAAUAUCAGACAGUGUUUGGAAUUUCCUAAUUUAGUUAAUGUACAGUUUGAGCCGAAAUGAAGUUUUCAAAAUAAAGAAGCUUGCGAUUUC